AUGGCUCCAUACAAAGACGAGCCUCCGGCAGUUCGCAUCUAUACAGUUUGUCAGGUCUCUGUCUCUUGUAGGUAUCUGAUUGUGAGGAACGUUCCAGCAUUAGGUUGUGGGGAUGACUUGUUCAAAUUGUUCUCCUCCUAUGGAGAUGUUGAAGAGAGUAAACCAAUGGAUGCAGAGGACUGUGAGCCUUUCACUCAUGUAUUCUGGAUCAAAUUUCGUUUGGUCAACAAUGCCAGGUUUGCAAAGAAAAAAUUGGACGAGUUUGUUUUCCUUGGGAAUCGGCUGCAUGUUUCAUAUGCACCUCAAUUUGAGAGUCUCUCUGACACAAAGGAUAAGCUAGAAGGCAGGAGAAGGGAAGUCCUAGCGCGAUUAAAUCAGCUGUCAUCAGCUGUUUCCAUUGUCGUAAUUGAUGGAUUUUCUAUGCUUUCUGCAGGAGCUCUAGGCAGUUAG